AUGCAGGACAAACUCAGGGGUCUGCACGACAGCAUGUACUUCUACGACUGCAUUGGCACAUAUGUCAAACUUGCCGGCACAAGAGCCACCCCCGAGGACGUCGUGAACCACAUCCAGAUCACAGCUUUUCGCCAUUUGUUCAUGGAAUCAGAGGCGGAACAAUGGCUACAAGUGAUUUACCUGAUUCCCAGCCGGGAGCUUGUCUCUGCCUUCUUCGCAAACGAACAAGACGCGCAGAAGGCCUGGAAGGAGCUAUACGAGGCUCAAGUCAUUGACGAGAAAACCUUCCAGGGAGAGAACUAUCACAUGGAAAGUACCCAGGGCGAGAGGUUGCGCGUCAGUCUAGUCAAGGCCCAGCAGGUUGAGCGGUACACUCCCCCUGAGCCGACAAAGGGAAUGACAUUGGACGAGUACGUCGACGAGUUUAUCCGGGAAUGCAGAGAGAAGACGGUGCCCCCGCCCAUUCUCCAAGCAAGAGACCCAUCUCGAAUCGAAUUCGAAGCGAAUCCCAACAUCACAUGGGGCAAUACCAGGAGAGGAAGAGACCUUAGGCGCUGA